AUGAAGAAAACGGACAAGUACACGGUUGUUAUACAAGGAUGGGAUCUGAUGAGCUACUUCAGUGAUACGCGAGACGUGUGUUGGUUUCUUGAACCAGAGCUUGCAAAUGCAAUCAAAGCCUUGCAUGGUGCGAUCGGUAACGCAGUCACAGAGGAACGCUACAUCGUGGUGGGGACUGGCUCGUCGCAGCUUUGUCAAGCUGCCUUGUUUGCACUUUCUUCCCUCUCUGAGGUGCAACCUGUCAACAUCGUUGCCGCGGUUCCUUUUUAUUCUACAUACGUGGAAGAGGCAUCGUAUCUUCAAUCGAACCUGUACAAAUGGGAAGGAGACGCAAGAACGUUCGACAAAAAGGGACCAUACAUCGAGAUGGUGACAUCACCAAACAACCCUGAGGGGACCAUGAGAGAGCCAGUGGUGAACCGUACGGAGGGUGGGAAAGUGAUACAUGACUUCGCGUAUUACUGGCCUCACUACACUCCGAUCACUCGCCGUGAAGACCACGACCUUAUGCUCUUCACUUUCUCCAAGAUCACGGGUCACGCUGGGUCCCGCAUCGGGUGGGCAUUAGUGAAGGACAUAGAGGUGGCUAAGAAGAUGGUGCAUUACCUAACAAUUAACUCCAUUGGUGUGUCAAAGGAGUCACAGACUCGAGCAACAACGAUCCUCAACGAACUUACCAAAACUUGUAGGAACAAAUCGGAGAGCUUCUUCGAGUAUGGUUACGAGAAAAUGAAGUCACGGUGGGAGAGGCUUCGCGAGAUAGUCGAGUCUGGUGACACAUUCACUCUACCUAAUUACCCUCAAGCCUUUUGCAACUUCUUUGGCAAAACCAUCUCCACUACUCCAGCGUUUGCGUGGUUGGGGUGUAAAGAAGAGAGAGAUCUGGGAAGUCUCUUGAAGGAAAAGAAUGUUUUGGCGAGAGGAGGAGACCGAUUUGGCUCUGACAAGAAGUACGUACGCAUCAGCAUGCUAAGCCGCGACCAUGACUUUCACGUCUUUCUCCAGAGACUCGCCACUAUCAAGGAUCUCAAAUGA